AACUCGACCACAACAGACCAGCAAGGCGAAUUUUUACAGGUCGACACUUCUUCAAGAAUUAAGGCUCAUGUACAUGUUGGUUGCCUUGGUAUACUAAAUGAUCAAGAAUGCCAGGUAUUGUACCUCAAGAAUAUCAGUUGCCAGGUAUUUUUGUAUAAAUAGAAUUUUUCCCUAUCUUCCAUUUAAAGGGAAAACGAAAAAUAUAUCAAGGGAACAAAAACAACGGGCAUCAACUAACCCACGAUACCAAGGGAGGCAGCGGACAACUUACCCCCUACGCCAGGACUAGGUAUAGGGGCAUACUACCAACGUUGUGAAAACUUACUCGACGUCCUGAAAUAAGCGCGUACCUAACGGAAGUAGCCGACUAACUAUCUGAGAAGAUUACUCAGCGUCUGUUACUUGCUUACUCCAUUUCACCAAAUGCAUCUAAUGUAUACCAGGAGAAUUUUUCGAAAAUUUGGAUCCGUUGUGGAACUGUUCCUAUGUUUUUCGAGCGCUUGGGUGGACGAUAUAAAAGCGCUCUCGGAGAGGAAUGCAAGGAUCGCAAGGAGGAC